UUGUGUGCGAGUAGACUUCCGGUCUCAUUAAGUAGAGUUGGUUUAAAUCGGAAGGAUAAGGGGUUAUUUCCUGAUGAUGAUGAUGAUGAUGAUGAUGAUGAUGAUGAUGAUGAUGAUGAUGAGACGAUAAUGAUGAUGAUGAUGAUGAUGAUGAUGAUGAUGAUGAUGAUGAUGAUGGUUAAUGAUGAUGAUGAUGAUGAUGAUGAUGAUGAUGAUGAUGAUGAUGAUGAUCGAUGA